GUAAGAGUUUCUCUAUGAAGGACUUGGGAGAUGCCAGUUAUGCACUUGGCAUAAGGAUCUAUAGGGAUAGAUCACGGAAGCUGUUAGGUCUCAGUCAAAGUACAUACAUAGACAAGGUCCUCGCUAGAUUCAGCAUGUCUGAGUCGAAACGAGGAAGUUUGCCUAUGGUCCAAGGCACGAGUCUUUCCAAGACUUGGGGUGCUUCCACUCCGGAGGAAGUAGAACGCAUGAGAAAUGUUCCUUAUGCGUCGGCCAUUGGAUCCAUCAUGUAUGUGAUGGUAUGUACGAGACCUGAUGUCAUCUUUACUCUGAGUGUCACAAGUAGAUACCAGUCCAACCCUGGCAAAAGCCAUUGGACGGUUGUGAAGAACAUCCUAAGUACUUCCGUAGGACUAAGGAUGCCUUCCUGUGGGGCAAUUGCACAAGCGAAAGAACCUCGGUCUCAUCAGAAGACCAAACACAUCGUUAGACGUUAUCACAUCAUACGAGAAAUCAUUGCACGUGGGGACGUUGAGAUUUGCAAGAUAGGUACAGACGACAAUAUCGCGGAUCCGUUGACAAGGGCGAUGGGAAAGCCUAAACACGAGAGUCAUACGUGGUCCAUGGGCAUUCGAGAAAUGCUUGAUUGGCCUUAGGGCAAGUGGGAGAUUGUUGUAUUUAGGUGCCCUAGCGGCAAUCAAAUACCUAUGUAAAUGUACACUUUAUCAUGAAUGAAAGGCCUUGAAGUAU